AAUGCUAUUUAUACGAGAAUGGCAUAUCAGGAGAUGAGAAACAGAGUGGCCCCCAGCAGCCAUCAUGAUCCUCUUCGAGGCCCCGCUAUUCGCAACCGAGAUGAUGUCCAACUACAGCGGCUAGGAAAGAGGCCAUCGUUGAAGAGAAACUUUGGCAUGCUCUCUCUGGUGGGUUUUAGCUGUCUUAUUCUUUUGACGUGGGAGGGCAUAGUCGUUGUGGGCCCGGCGGGGGUUAUGUACGCUUAUUUCUUCGCCUGGACAGGCACUGCUUGCUGCUUUCUCGUUCUGGGCGAGCUUGCUUCGAUGGCACCUACGUCCGGUGGCCAGUAUCACUGGUGUGCCAUGCUUGCGCCGAUGCACUGCAUGAAAUUCCUCAGUUAUGUCACUGGGUGGCUCACGGUAAUCGGCUGGCAAGUGGCAAACGCCGCUACGAAUCACUUAUGCGCUGUUCUCAUCCAGAAUAUCAUCCAAUUCAAUCACCAAUCCUACAGCCCCGACGCGUGGAAAAGAGUGAUGAUCUGCUGGGGGGUGCAGCUGCUGUCCCUCGGCACUAAUCUGAUUGGAGGCAAGUUUCUACCCCGAUUGGAGACGCUGGCACUGGUGAUCCAUGUCUUGGGGUUCUUCGGUAUCAUGAUUCCCCUUGCGUACAUGUCGGAGCACAGGACCUCGCAGCAAGUAUUCCAAGAUUUUUGGAAUAGUGGAGGAUUCAGCAUGCAGAGUCUUUCUUGGUUUGUGGGCUCUAUAGGCUGCGCGGGAGCUUUUGCUGGAGGCGACGGCGCCGUUCAUAUGGCAGAAGAAGUAGAGAAUGCAGCAGUUGCGUUGCCCCGGGCACUGCUGAUCACUCUCAUUAUAAACGGAUUUCUCGGGGUCGGCAUGAUGGUUGUUCUGCUGUAUUGUAUGGACAAUAUCGAACUCGCUCUGAAAGCAAGCACCGGCUACUCUGCAGUCGAGUUCUUCUACCGAGCCACGGGGUCGAAGUCCGGCGCAAUCAGUCUCCCCCGCCGACUGCCUACGUACGCGAUCUACCUCGCUGUCACCGUGUCGGUGCUGAUUUCCCUUAUCGAUAUCGGCUCUGAAAUCGCGCACACUGUCAUGAUUUCUAUAGCCAUCCCUGGCUGGUACUCUUCAUAUCUUAUCGUGGAGCUGCUCUUGCUCUACCAUCGAUGCAGAGGACAGAUUGCUCUACAGGUUGACUACGAUGAUACGAAAAUCAACACCCCCGGGGAAAAGCUUGUUUGGGGACCCUUCCGAGUCCCAGGCAUUUGGGGUAUCUUGGUCAACGGCUACGCGAUUGUCUACAGCGUUCUUGUCAUCUUCUUCAGCUUUUGGCCGGCUGAAAUGCGGCCCACAGCGACGGGGAUGAAUUACAGCGUUGUCAGCACGGGAGGCACCGUCAUCCUGGCCAUUGUUUACUACGUGUGCAAGGCGCGGCAUGUUUACAGGGGCCCAAUUAUGGAGACAAGCAUGUAUGAUUAG